AUUGCAUAUGGCCGCAAAUAAAGAGAGUAACACGGUUAUAUGGGGUUCGAUGUCAACAAAUGUCGUUGUUGAUUUUCGGAAUUAAUUUACAUUUAUAACCUUUUUCGCUGAUUUACAAUUGUUGUAUUUCAUGUGUCCACCUUAGUAUUUAUGUCCGUUUACGAAAAGGAUACCUAAGUUUACAUAUUCGACAGAAAUGUCAGGAUAUCGAAGAGUGAAUUAUUAUGAGUUAUGCAGAUUGUGCACUAAUAGCGAAGGCAAUAAAAUGAAUAUUUUUCGGGACGAAGGGCGCAGAAGACAACUCCAGACGAAGAUUCACAUGUAUUUGCACGUUCAGGUGAUGGAAGAGGAUUCAUUACCGAAAAUAGUGUGUCAUGAUUGUGUUAGAAAAGUGGAAAGUUUUGCUGAAUUUCGUCAGUCUGUUGUCAAUGCUGAAGCAAUGUUGGAAUCGUAUUUUACCUCAAUGAAUUUUAGUGAGGAAUGUUUAAAAGAAGGCAAGGUUUAUGUAAAAAGUACGGAGAAAGAAAAAACCCCUACACCAGAAGAUCCUGCGAUUGAAGAAGAUCCUUUGAAAGUUAUUGAAAAAGUGCCAGUUACCUCAAGCAAUCAAUUUAUUGCUUCCCCAGAGCAAACAAAUUCACAUCAGCAGCAACAACCACCACCACAACAGCAGCAGCAGCAACAACAACAACAGCAACAACAACAACAGCAGCAACAACAGCAACAGCAACCGCAGCAGCAGCCUGUUCUUGUCAGCAAUAUCAAUGCCGCUAAUAUCCAGAUUAUUAGUGGUGUCCAGGCAAGAGUUCAGCAGUAUAAAUGUGCCAUGCAGAUGCAAUCUGGAGGAGGUGUGGCAGCAGCUGUUGUAGAAGCAACAGCAGAAACUCACUACAGUUAUCAGCAACAAACUUCCCAGCAAGUUUCUUCGCACCAGCAACAAAAUCAAAGUCAAAAUCAAAUCACAGAGCAACCCCAAUCACAGCCUUCCCAAAUACAACAAAUUCAAAAUCAGAUUCAAAAUCAAAAUCAAAUAUCACAGCAAGUGCAAUCUUUUAGGCAGAUUUCGCAACAAACAACAAACCAAUCGAAUGAAAUCAGUCAGCACGUCCAUCAGCAACAAGGUCAACUCACACAGCAAAUUCAACUCCUUCAGAAGCAGCAGCGCGACUUGCAACACAGGCACGUCCAUCAAAUCGAGAAGCAACACGUGCAGCAGUCUCAGAACAAUAAUAUCAUUCUCAAGGCUGAAGAAGAGUCUGAACAGACACAGCAAGUCAUACAGAAAGUCCAAUCCACUGAAUUGUCGCAGAAGAACGAGGCGAAUACAAAUUUUUCAACAGUGCAAGCGUCGCCGGAAGUAUUUUUAAGUUUAGGAUUUAAAGAUGGUUCCCUUACGACGCAGACGACACGUGAUGAGGUCAAGGAGUUCAAGGACUUUUCGAAGUCGUCUGUUGAAGACGGUCGGAACUCAAUGAUCUCCGAAUUCUUGAGGCUGAGGCCAGUCAGCGAAGCGCCGUCUCUAAUUACUGUCAAUCCGCAGGCGGUUUCACAGAACACGAGGGAUACGAUUUGUCGCGAUUGCGGAAAGUCUUUCAAUACAAUGAGCAUGCUGGAGACGCACAGCUGCAGUUCCUUGGUGAUCAACGAAGGCACGGAGAUGGCUUCAAAGGAGGAAGUGGUUCAUGUGAAUGCAAACGGUGGUAGUGCCUUUAAUUGUGAUGUUUGUGGAAAGCCUUUCAAGAGAAAAGAACAUCUAUUCCAGCAUCGAAAACUCCACAGUGGCGAGAGACCUUACGUCUGCACCACCUGUUCGAAAGCCUUCAGUCGUAAGGAGCAUUUGGUGCGGCACCUCGUCUCCCACACGGGGCAAAAAAUGCACGAAUGCGAACUAUGCGGCAAGAGUUUCUCCCGGAAGGACAAUCUCCACAAACACCGCAAGACACACGGAGUCUCAGGUCCCUACAUUUGCGAAACUUGCGGGAAGUCCUUUGUGGUGAAGCAUUACUAUCUGAUGCAUCUGACCACACACGCGUCAAGUGCCGUGAUCGACAAUAUCGGUGGCUGUGCUGAUCCCCUGCCAUAUAAAUGCGACAUGUGUCAUAAGGCGUUCUCCGUGAAGCAGUACCUCGCUUCGCAUAAAAUGCGUCACCGCUCCAAGAACACGAGCAACAGUCAGAAUGCGGGACAACAGCAGACCCAGCAGAUACAGCAGUCCAAUGGAAAUAGUGAGGUAAAUGUAUCUGGAACCGAUAUUACUUCGGAUAAUAAUACAAAUAAUGCUAAUUUAAGUCAAAGUAAUGGUACUGUUCCAAUUCAAAGUGUCAUUGAGAGAAAUGAACAGCAAAAUGGUUCAUUCGAAGAUAAUCAUUAUCAGGAAAAUAUCACGCAGUUCCAAUGAGAUAAGGGGAAGCGUGUCUAUUACGUCCUUCUGCCGAACGGCAACAAUCAUAAAAUCGUUGUCGUCUAGGCAUUGGAUGCGUGAGAGGCACGCUUCGCCAAAGUCAACUCAAAGAACAAUUGUUACUUUGAGUUCAAAGAUAGUCUGAAAAUUUUCAAAUCUUCCUUACUCCACAAGGAAACCUAUUCUUAAGUCGUUAGCUCAAAAGCCUAAUCUAACAGAUGUAUAUAUUUUGACCAAAAAAUACAAACUAUUCUGUUACACAAACUUGAUCAAAUUCCUACUAAUAACUUUGAAAGUCUCUUCUCUUUUCUUUCUUCAAACCUGGUUAUUUUCAUAGAAGGAAUUUUAUUCAAAUGUCAGUGGCAAGAAAAAUAGUUUUUCAAAUAUAACUGUCAUGAAUUUACAGAUGGUUUCAUUUGACUUUAAGUUACUUACGUUUUUGUAACACUAUUUUUUAUUGUCACGACACAAUCCCUAUUAAAAAUUAUAUUUUUGAACAUUGCUAACAUUUUUUACAAACCUUACACGGUUCGUAUAGAUAUUCCUUAAAAGUCAUUAAUCAGAAUUUCUAGUGCAUUAAAAUUAUGAGGCUGAGUUUUUUCAAUCAAAGGACCCCACAGGAAAUACAUUAGUUUUGCGUCCCAAUCGAUUUUUCUUUAUGCUUUUGAAUUUAAUACUUUUCUUCAGUCCGAAUACAAAGUUAAAAUUCAAUAUUUAUAAGAAAAUCGACUGGAACCCAAAAAUAAUGUAUUUCCUGCGAU